AUGGAACCAGAAACCAUCACAACCACCACUUCGACGCGCCCACCCAAAGCGUGUUCAAGGUGUACGAAGCAGAUGUUGGUGCAAGUUCCACCGGAGAAAGAUCCGCACCCUUUCUCAAAAGGCUAUGAGCCGAGUGUCACUCUAAACGAUGACCCAACACCUGUUUUUGUGGUCGAUGGCACAACGGUGCGCGGCGCUCUCAAAUGCAAUGCGGACGGAACGGCGUGGACAUAUACGGGGAAGGGCCAGACCUUGGAGAUCACCUCAUAUGGUUGCAGUGCACCUACGUGCAAGAAUGUGCCUGCCGGUUGUCUCAAACGG